AUGUCAUCCACACUUCAUGAUCGCGCUCUUCUGGGCGCGCCGGCAACCGUGGAGCUCAACGAUGUGACGGCCCGGGUCAGGGACCUGAACGGCUUCACCUUGGCAAUCGCGGGCUCGAUGCUUCUCAUCUUCAUUCUUGACCGUCUCGUGAUGCCGUCUCAUGAUGUGCGCGAGCCCCCCCUGGCCGGCACCAACAUUCCGCUCAUCGGGCACAUUAUUGGGUUCGCUCGAAACAGCUUCACGUACUACAACAUGCUUCACGAGAAGCUCUGCAAACCCAUCUUCACCAUCCUCAUGCCCGGCCGUCGCAUCUACGUCAUCACCAAGCCGGAGCUCGUGGUGCAAAUAGACAAGAAGCACAAGUACUUCUCUUUCGGACCGGUCGUGCGCGAUUUCAGCAGGGACACCUUCGGCCUCGGCAGAGAAGCCACCGAGAUACUCGCUCAGAACAUGUUUGGCGAGCAUGGCAAGUGGGGUCUCUGCGAGGAGAUGGUGUCUGGAAUGCGCGAGGCCCUGAAGCCCGGUGACGACCUGGACAUGAUGAACCGCAUCAUGGCGGAAGAAGUCAGCCGCUCGCUGGACGAGACCAAACCCGAUCCCGGCUGCGAGUUUCGAGUCAUCAAGCUCGGCGAGUGGAUCGCCUACGUCGUGACCCUCGCCACCACCAAAUCCGUGUAUGGCACCUACAACCCUUUCGUGAGAAAAGACGUGAGGGAUGCCUUUUGGAUCUUUGAGGACCACAUCAUUUCGCUGCUCGUCCACCCGUUCCCGCAAUACGCCUGCAAAAAGGCCAUCAAAGCCCGCGAAUUCGUCACGGAUGCCCUGGCCCACUACUACAUCAACGGCCACCAAAGAGAAGGUUCGGGAUUGGCGCGUGCCCGGUUCGACUACUCGGUCAGGAACAACGUCCCCGUGGAAGACAUUGCCCGCUUCGAGCUCGGCGGGACCAUUGCGAUCCUGGUCAACACCCUUCCGUCCUGCUACUGGAUGCUCCUUCUUGUUCACUUGUACCCCGAGCUCCUCCGAGAGCUACAGAAAGAAGUGGAUGCGGCGUUGCUGAUCGACGAGGAGAAAAGGCACAUCACCAUCGACAUCACCUCGGUCAAAAACAACUGCCCCCUGCUUCUCUCGACUUUCAAGGAGAGCCUCCGCUACCGCGGCAUGGGCACUGCCCUGCGCAUCGUGACCGAGGACGUCGAGCUCGGCGGCUACCUGCUGAAGAAGGGCGGCAUGGUGCAGAUCCCUCUCCAGGUGAUCCACUCAGACAGGGACAACUGGGGCGACGACCCCUUGUCUUUUGACCCCUACCGCUUCCUCAAGGUCCCGGGCAAGAAGGUGCCCGACGACAGCGGCUACCGGAGCUUCGGGGGCGGGAAGCACCUGUGCCCCGGGAGGUUCUUCGCCACCAACGAGAUCCUCGCCGUCGUCAGCCUCUUCAUCUCCCGCUACGUGAUGCGGCCCAAGGGCGGCGGCGACUGGAUCCUCCCCACCACCAAAAACAGCAAUGCCGCCAGGCAGAUACUGCAGCCCGACUUUGACAUGGAGGUCGAGGUGAGAAACAGGCCCGGUUUCGAAAAAUACACCUGGAAGGUUGAGCUUCACAAAUCCGACAAGGUCGUCAGUGUGCUUACCGGGGAUACAAAGGGCGCUUAG